GUUCAUCAAAGCUGCAAAAUACAGUUCAGUCAAAAAUGCAGUCAUUGUGCAAAAAUGGAAGCGACUUACUGAAUCAGGAUGAUGUAAGUGGAGCCUUGCGAACAUUCAAAAAAGCCUUCAUUCUUUCCUGUAAGAUACCAGAUGAAAAAAUUCAGAAAGCUUGUUUAUUCAAUCUUGGCGCCUCCUAUAUUUGUGUUGGUAAACCCAAGAAGGCUCUGAAGUGUCUCAUAAAGUCGAGAAUCAGUGGAACGGAAGAGAGGGAUGGUGAUCUAUUCUUUAACAUAGGCGCUGCUUAUGAUGAAAUGAAGGAGUAUGGCAAAGCUGUCAUAUUUUAUGAAAGGGCCAUCAGUAAGUAUGGCUUUGAUGAGCUCAAGAGUAUCGCAGAUGCCCUCAUCAAGCUGGGGUACUGUUUUGCCAUGAUAGGCGACCUUUCUUCUGCUGCACAUUCAUUCAGACUUGCAAGUCAUUCAUACCUAAAAAGUCACAAAGUGGAAGAUGCGGUUAUGGCAAUGAGAGAGACUGCUAAAUACAUGAUAAAUAGCCAAGCUUUCGAACAGACUGAAGUGCUCCAGACAUUGAAUUCAUGCGUGGAGUCAUUGAAAGCUGUAUCUGACAAUCAACUGCUUGUAACACUGUAUAACCAUGUAGGUCUGCAUUAUGCUGAACUAAAAUGCUUUAGUCAGGCGGAAAAGUGUUUUACAGCAAGUUUGAACCUGUGCAAUGGGAAACAAUUUUCUAUAAGAAAGAUGGCUGUAUUACUCCAAAACCUAGGAGCCGUUGACAACGCUCUUUACCAAUAUGAAAAAUCACUCAGGAGCCAUGCCGAAGCAGCAGAUAUGUACGGAUCCCUGGGAGAAAGAAGUGCACAAGGACAAUGCCUCAGCAACUUGGCAUAUGCCUACAGCCAGCUGAAUAACUAUGAAAUGGCUGACUUCUACUAUCAACAAGCACAGCAAGCAUUUGUGGAUGCAGGUGACCUCCUACGGCAAUGUCUUGUCAGUGAAGGACUGGGUGCUACAUAUUUUUGCCUUGGAAAUCUGAAUCAAGCUAUUCAUUACUAUAAGCAAGCAUUGACUCUUUCUGGAAAAUCCAAGGAAACAUCCGAUAUCAUCAGGGAGAGAAUUUUAGGAAAACUUACAGACACCAUUGAAUAUAAAAUCACUCAUCAACAUCCCGCAGUUUUGACUGAAAGCGAUUCCAGGCCAAGACCAGAUCUAUCUCCUAGCAACUGUGUUAAUGAUGCCUGCAAAUCAGUCACCUCUCAAUAUCAAGAGUCCUGGUCUAACAGUACUAAGACAGUUUAAACAGUGACAUCACAAGUUCUGACAGCUCCGAUAAUAAGGCAGAGCUAAGACGCAAGAACAAAAUUUACGCAUCGGGUUCACAAGUUCAACAUUUCCAAAGCAAAGAGCAAGACAUUUCCGAAAGU